AUGAGUCUUGUGGCCUUGAUCACCGGCACCAACAGCAAUUUGGGGCUCAACAUUGCAUAUCGUUUGCUGGCCGAAGUUCCUUCUGAAAUCAGACUGACCAUCAUUGUCACGUCCAGAACGCUGCCUAAAGCCAUCGAGGCCAUCACCAAGAUCAAAGAGCACAACGAAAAACAUGUGCGUCGUACAGCCAUUCUGGACUUCGACUACGUCCUCGUCGACUUCUCCAACAUGGUGUCGAUUCUCGCGGCGGUCCACGAACUCAAGAAAAACCACAGCAAGCUCGACUUCCUGUUCAUCAAUGCUGCCCAGGGCGUCUACUCGGGAAUAGACUGGAUCCAGGCCACUAAAGAAGUUCUCUCCAACCCGGUGCAGGCCUCGACUUUCCCCACGUACAAGAUCCAGAAAGUGGGUGUCAAGUCUUUCGACGGGUUGGGCCUCGUGUUCCAGGCAAACGUGUUUGGACCUUACUACUUUGUGCAGCAUCUGGCCGAGCCAUUGCUGUCGCACUCUGAAAAUCCCCGAGUCGUGUGGAUCUCGAGCAUCAUGUCAAAGCCUUCGUUUUUGUCCUUUGACGAUCUCCAGCUGCUCAGGUCGGACAUCUCGUACGAGGGCUCCAAACGGCUCGUGGACUUGCUCCAUCUCGGCACAUACAAAGAACUCAAGUCCAAGUAUGGCAUCAACCAGUACCUGACCCAUCCAGGCAUAUUCACCUCCUUCUCGUUCUUCCAGUACCUCAAUCCGCUCACUUUCUACGGAAUGCUGCUGAUGUUCUACGUGGCAAGACUCUGUGGCUCACCAUGGCACAAUAUUUCGGGCUGGAAAGGCGCUAAUGCUCCGAUCUUCGUCUGUCUAAAAGCCAGUCCAGAGCUGGACCUGCAGGAGAAAAAAUACGGCAGUGCAUGUUCUAUCACAGGCAAAGAGUACCUCAAGAUCACCGAGGUCGACCCAACGGGCCAGGCAGACGUCGCGAAGUACUUUGAGGAUCUCAAAUCGCAAUGGGAUGAUAAACUAAAAAACCAAAUCGCAGAUACCAGAAAAGUGUACACAGACGAUUAG